AUGCUCGCAGGUGCGACAGGCAUCGCUGCAGCGGCCGGGUGGCAGAGGACCUUUGCCGCACGGAGGACCAAGAAGAAGUCGGCGGGUGUGGCCAAGGAGGCCGUCUACAACGAGACCGAUCCCGAGGCUGUCAUUCCGACACUGGUCCGCCUGGAAAAGGUGCUGGGCAAGGAAAAGGCCAAGCUCGAGCUGCCCAAGAUCGUCGUCGUCGGCAACCAGUCAUCGGGCAAGUCGUCGGUGCUCGAGGCUGUGGCUGGCUUUGACUUUCUCCCAAAGUCGACCUCGAUGUGCACCACCCGCCCCCUCGAGCUCAACUUGCUCCGCUCCGACUCCGGGACAUGGGCUGAGUUUGACGACGGCCGCAAGAUCUUUGACUUUGAGCAAGUCGAGGCCAUUCUCCGCGAGAAGAACCAGGACGAAGAGUUUUCCGAGCUGCCGGUCACCAUGUCCAUCUACGCGCCGCACGUGUACAACGUCUCGCUCAUCGACCUGCCGGGCUACAUCCACGCUGUCCGUGCCGGGCAGUCGCCCGAGCUCCCCGAGCGCAUUGCCGCGCUCUGCCAAAAGUACAUCUCCGACCCGAACAACAUCAUUGUUGCCGUCGCCUCGGCCGCCGACGACGUGGCCAUGUCGAUGGGCAUCAAGAACGCACAGGCUGUCGACGCCAACAUGGACCGCUCACUCGGAGUCCUCACCAAAAUGGACCUCAUCAAGUCGCGCAAGCACAUCCACUCCAUCCUCCGCAACGAGGACUACCCGCUCGGCCUUGGCUACGUCGGCGUCCGCUGCCGCUCGCAGAAGGAGCUCGAGGACGGCAAGUCGUUCGACGAUGUGCUCCGCAUCGAGGAAGCCUUUAUCCGCAGGGCUAAGCUCCGCGAUGUCGGUGACCUCCGCCUCGGCAUCCCCACCCUCCGCCGGGUUCUCUCGGAGGAGCAGCUCAACAAGGUAGCCGCCGACUUUCCGCGUAUCCUCGCCGAGCUCGAUCAACAUAUCGACGACGUGGCCAAGGACGAGCAGUUCCUCCUCGCCAUCUCGGCCGAGACCGAUCUCCGUAACAUUGCCCGCGAGCUCGAGAAGCUUGUCCUCAAGUUCUCGCCGCUCUCGCCGGAGCGCCUCGAGUUUGAGGCCCAGGUCCGCGACACCAUCGGUGACAUUGUCCACAAUGCCUGGUUUGAUGCUAUGGACAAGUUCUUUGAGUUCUCUGACCCGCCUUCGCCGCUGGCUUCGCCGCAGCUCUCGGCCCGCCUCACAGAGGCCUACAAGCCGACAAAUGACGAGCUGCAUGUGCAGAAGACCGCCCGUCGCGCUCUCACCGACGUCGACUUUGAGCCCGAGUCCCACUUUGUCGACCGCCGCGGCAAGUUUGAGCGCGCCCUCGUCUUUGGCACUGGCACACCUGACAAGAUCGACGACGCCACCCUGGCGCGGCUUGGUGACCACGCCCUCAUCGACGGCGCGCUCGCUCCAUUCUACAAGUACGUCUUUCCGGAGAACGCCAACCGUGCCCGCCCAGUGUGGCAGGAGGCGCUCGAGGACUCGGUCGAUGCCGUCCUCAGCGACGCCCACCUCGUUGACCGCUGCCGCCGCGCCACCGUCGAUCAGCUCCUCGAGUUUGUCGACCGCACCGCCCACGCCGGCACCGGCCGCGAGUCGCGCCUUGCCCUUCACUUCUUCCGCUACCUUGUCAAGCGCAUCUCGACCGAGAUCAACUCGGAUGGCCUCUCGUCCCACAUCGAGGGCAUGAUUGCCCGUGAGAAGCGCGCCACCGUCUCGUACCCGGUUCUCAUGGCGGAAACCGCAGAGCUCCUCCGCUCGCCCAAAACCGAGACCGGGCUCGGCUUCUGGGGCGCGCUCACCAACUCGGCCAAGUGGCCGCUUGUCAUCCCACUCUAUGGCCAAGUCUUCACCUCGGCCUACUUUGGGGCUGUCAUCGACCGCUCCACCUCGGACGUGUUCCGCUCGCUCGCCGUCGAGAUGCUCAACCCGCUCAUCAUCGAGGCCAUCCACUACUCUCUCAACCUCUUCAAGGGCCAUAAGAUCCGCCGCGAGUCCAAGCGUCAGCUGCAGUAUCUCAACCAGCUCAAGAAGUACCGCGCCAUCAUCGCCUCGGCCCAGGCCCGCUACACCCCGUCGAAGCCUGCCCCAGGCUCGGCCUCGAGCUCGAGCUCGUACUCGGAGCUGCGGACGACAAGCCUGGCGGGUGAUUGCAACGAAGUUGCGGCGUCGGGCAAGUAUGUGGCCUUUGGUGGCUCGUCAGCCCGGAGCAUCUCGUUUCUGCCGGUGGGUGGGUCGGGCCGGUUCGGAUCGGGCCAGGGCGUGCCUGGCGUGGCUGGGCACUCGCGUAACAUCUCAGCGCUGGACUUUUCACCGUUCCAUGACGCGCUGCUGGUGACUGCGGCGGAGGACGGGUCGGUCAAGAUCUGGGAACUGGGCGAGGGCAAGGCGUCGGUGUCCGAGACGGCCAGCGCGUGGUCGGCGUCGCAGAAGCGAAUCCAGGCACUGGCGUUCAACCCGGUGGCCGAUGGCGUGCUGGCAACGGCGGCAGCUGACGGCGUGGUCAAGGUGUGGGACGUGAAUGCCGAAGCCGAGCUCUGCGCUGCGCCUAGCAUCGAGUGCCAACCGCAGUCGCUGGCGUGGGACUACGCCGGUGCUACGCUGGUGGUCACCGCCAAGGACAAGACAGUUCGCGUGUACGAUCUGCGUGCGAGUGCCGACGGGCCGGUGGCGUCGGGACCGGGCCAUGACGGGAUCAAGGCGACGCGGGUGACGUGGAUGGGCGACUCGUCGCGGUUUGUCACGACUGGCUUUGACAAGUACCGGUCGCGCGAGGUGCGCGUUUACGACAUGGCCAGCUCGCUUGACGCGCCGAUUUCCAAGACCAAGAUGGACUCGUCGUCGGGCAUUCUGAUGCCGCUCUACGACGCCGACACCAAGUUGUUGUUCCUCGGUGGCAAGGGCGACGUGGCGCUGCGGUUCUACGAGGACGACGGCGGCAAGCUGCUGGAGGCCGGCUCGGUCGGCUCGCGCGAGCAGAUUUCGGGCCUGGCGCUGGCGCCCAAGCGGGUGCUCAAUGUGUGGGACUGCGAGGUGGCGCGGGUUCUCAAGCUGACGGCGGCUGGUGCGGUUGUUCCGGUCUCGUACAAGGUCCCGCGCAAGUCGUACGCCAAGUUCCACCCGGAGCUGUACCCAGAGACCCGCGGAACGACGCCCGGCGCGACAGCUCCCGAGUGGGCGAGCGGCGCGAACGGGAGCGUGGCGCUUGUCUCUCUCCAGCCCGAGGGCGAGCGGCCGACGCCGUCGCUGCCGUCGUCGUCGAUGAAGAGCACGUCGAGCGGCAAGACUAACUCGGCGGGCAAGACGCCGCCGCCGGUGGCGGCGCGGGCUCCCGUGGCGCGCAAGUGGGGCGCAGGGAGUGGAGGCGGAGGCUCCAAGUGGGGCGCCGGCGGGAGCGGGGGUGGGGGCGGAAGCGGGGGCUCCAAGUGGGGUGCCAAGCGCUCGUCGUGGUCGCUCAAGGCGAAGGAGGAGGCGCCGGCCGAGAGUGAGAAGGAGAGCGAUCCGGACGCGCCACCCGAGGGCAUGCGCGAGGUUGUGGUGCCCAAGAACGUGGUCCGAGUCUCCAAGUUCCGGCACAUUGUGGGGAGUGAGACCAAGAAGGAGCUGUGGACGACAGGGCUGCGUAUCAAUGACAACUUUUCGGUCGACUCGUCGAUGGUGGCGGCGUCGGACGCGCUGGUGGCCGUGCCGUGGAAGGGUGCGGGCGGCGUCAUCGGCGUCUUCCCGCGGUCGCAUGUGGGUCGCGUCGACGUCGACAUGCCGACCAUCUCGCAGUCGUCGAUCUUCAACGCCUUUGACUUUUCGCCGUUCAACGGCAACCUCCUUGCUACUGGCUCGGACGACGGGCGUGUGGGCCUGUGGGAGAUCCCGUCGACGGGCCUCGCCGCGCCGCUGACCGAGGCGUCGGCAACGAUGGAGGGUCACCGCCACCGGGUGACGUGGCUCACCUGGGCGCCGUAUGUGGAGAACCUGCUGGCGACCGGCUCGUUUGACUCGACGGUCCGGCUGUGGGACGUGGAGCAGCAGGCGUGCCUCGUGUCGAUGGACAGCUUUGAGGCCGAGCCUACCGGAGUGGCGUUUGCGUACGACUCAGCGACGAUUGCGUCGAGCGCACGCGACAAGAAGCUGCGGCUGCACGAUCCACGGGCCGACGGCAGCGUGGUGGCGUCGGUUGCCGACGCGCACGUCGGCGUCAAGCCGUUCAAGCUUGUCUGGCUCGGCGCCGGCGACAAGCUGGCAACCGUCGGUUUUGGCGAGCGCUCCAAGCGCGAAAUCAAGGUGUGGGACAUGCGUGCGCUCGACGCGCCUGUGGCGACCAAGCCGCUGACGACGUCGUCGAACCUCGCACUGCCGUUCUACGACGUGCAGACCGGCGUCCUGUUCCUGGCCGGCAAGGGCGACGGCUCGAUCAACACCUUUGAGAUCAACGAGAAGGGCAUCCAUGAGCUUGCACCGUACACGGCAACCAACCCGCAGUCGGGCCUGGCCCUCUUGCCUAAGUCGUGCGUCGACGUUGCAGCCUGCGAGUUUGCCUCGUUUGUCAAGCUCUCUGGCUCGGCCAUCUCCAGCGUCACGUUCAAGGUCCCGCGCUCGCGCAAGGAGCUGUUCCAGGACGACGUCUUUGUUCCUGUGCCUGGGUUUGAGCCCGCGGCGACCGCCGCCGUCUUUCUCGAUGCCGUCCCCGGCGCCCCGCCGCUGCAUGACAUGCGGCCCGAGGGCAUGCCGCUCCUCUCCGAAGCUGCGCCGACCACCAAGAAGCCGGUCCGCAAGUGGGUCCCCACCACCGUCGAGAAGGUCGACACCCGGUCGGCCAAGGACAAGCUGAUGGACUCCUUCGAGUCCAAGCUCAACCCGUACCAGGAGGAUGCCUCGAGCAGCCGUCCUGCCGCCAACCGUGAUGCUGCCGCCGCCGAAGACUGGUGAGCGGGCGCGGCAAGUGCGCCACAGCAGCGCCACGGCCUCGGAAUCGCGUCUUUGAUCGCUUCAUGCCCGAGUUUGCCAGGCGACGAGAGAAAGUGACUGGGCAAGGAUACUAUUGGU